AUGUCCAAAUCAGAAAUCAAGGAAGAAACAAGAUCGUUGGAAAGGGGGAUGUCGUUCUUACAUCAAACACCAGAUGUAAGCUCGUUCUCAAGGAUAAAGCUCGAUGAUGCUGGUUUAGGAAAUCACUUUGGUGAAAGCAAGUGGAAGCUAACCAAAGGAAACUUGGUCAUGGUUCGAGGAAAGAAAGAAGUGUCACUAUACGUGACCCAAGCUACGCUUUGCGAGGAGGAGGUAAACAUCGCAAAUGCUUACAUGGAGUUAUGGCACGGAGGCUCGCCAUAUAAGCGAGAAGGGUCUAAAUAUCCUCGCUCGAAUGAAAUCCCUCCUUGA